GUUUUCUGCUGGCCCUACACCUCUCUGUAUGUAUGCAUGUUCAUUAGCGUGUUUGCCCGAAGCCCCCCUCGUUUUCCUCUUACGCAAAAAGCAGCGGCUGGUUGUGAUUUGUUAGCCCGGGCCCUCCCUCUUUGGGGGGUAACUUAUGACGGGAGUUAGCGGGCGGAGCCGGUUUCCCUGAGAGAUAAAUUGUGUGUGGUACAAUUGGUGGAGUCGGGUACGAAACUGUCCUUUCGCUGUUCUUGUGAGGGACAGUUGACAGCUGAAGCUACUCCGAACAAGACCAUAAAAUUAAGGUAAAAACCGAAAAAGGGGGAUAUAACUGGGAGUAAAUAUGUCUGGAAAUAAAGACAGUGACGGCGGAUGGAGGACAUUUCUGUGGAAUUCAGAGAAGAAGGAGUUUCUCGGACGAACAGGCAGCAGUUGGUGUAAGUACUUACAGUGUUACAAAUGCUGCUUUUCCCCUUACGUGACUGAACCAACACGGUAGCUCCCGCUCAAACACGACGGUAUCAUGUUAAUUAAUCUCAUUAAAGUGAUCACGUUAGGCUGUAAUGGAGGAAAAAGUCUCAGUAGAGGUUUUUUCCUCUCUUCAUCUCCUGACUGUAGGUUACUAACAGCACCUGUUAGAUCUGAGUGUGCUGCGUCGUGACUUCGUUUUUCAAUGGAGGCUGAGUGUAACGUGAGAAGUUGGUCUUUUAAAUCAGAAUUCACUCAUUUAUUUGGAAAGAACACGGCUUAUUUUUCAGAGAUGGACUUACAGGCGUGCUACAGGUCGAAUUUAGUUCAGAUAAGGCUCAUUAUAGAAAAAAUCAAUUAACUCGGACUAUAACGUUUUUUUUUCAUCCUUGUGUAUUUGCAGCAGCCGUUAACUUAUAUUCGCCUGGUUAAAAUCCUAGUAGUUCAUGGUUAAUACAAAGCACUAGGAAAUGAUUAUCUAAGGCGUAGCCCAUCCUGAGCCAUUCAUUAAUAAACGUCCUUUAUGAAAAGGUCACCCUGAAGGACAGUGUGUGGUGGGCCAGGACUUUCCACUGAAACACUAAACACUCAGAGAUGAGUUCCACCAUCUCUUUUCUGAAUUCAGGCCAUGUAGAAAAACACAAGGACAUUUUUUCCCUCUCACUAAUAACUUGAAUGGCUAAUCCCAGGCUCAUGUGAACAGUGGGGUCCAGAGUGGUGGCCAUGGGUGGCGUAGGCCCACCAUAAAGUUUACUUGGCCGCUCAAAAAUCUUAAACACGGUCUUUGCCCUUUUGUCAGAUUUAAUGGCGAAAUGAACUUUUUAAACUGCUGUUUGUGGUUGUCUUCUAAAUUGCUGUCUAAUACUGAACAUACUCAAUAGAAAAGGGUAAACUUUGAUUUAAUUAAGUGACUGAAAAUGUUAACCUCUUGAAAUCAGGUAUAAGAGUGGAAUCUUGAAAAAGUAGCCUACCACUCUCUCUAUCACCAUAUGAACUGUAAAUACUUGUACUUUGUGAAUACACUGAAGCCCCAUUGGUAGGUGUGAUAUGACCCAGUCAAAUAGUUUGUACUCAAUUGUGUACUUAAUUGGUGAAUCAUUAAACUGGCAUACCCUCAACCACUUGCCUAACAUGCACACUCAAGCAUUGGCAGUUUUUGCAAAUCUGCGUGCAUGCUUAUUGUGUUUAAGAUGUUUUCAUAUGAAUAGAAAUAUGCAAAGAAUAGACUUUCCCAUAUUUAAUGGAGCCACUCUUGUGUAGAUAUGGCCUUGGUCCAUCGACAAUGUUAAACUCAGUAGCAGAGUUUAGAAAUGUUGCCACACACCAGUCACGUGAAAUUUAAAUUCAUGACAUGUUAUGACAAACAAUUUCCUUUAGAGUCUUAAAAGUUCAGUAUAAUUUUGUGUAGUUUUCUGUUUUGUUUCUUUUUGAUGGUAAAACAUCCACAGGGAUGAAAUAUACUGCAGUUGAUAGAAACAAAAAGGGUGGAUAUGUCUUAACAAUAUCUCUAUGAAUGUGUGCACAGUUACCCCCCUAAGGUACCCCAAUUUUGGCCCUCCUGUUCAAAGAGUCUGGACACGCCUUUGCCUGUGAAUGAGUACAGACUUGCUUAUGCUCUACAAAUCCAAGAUUAGUGGAUCUGAUUGUUUUACCUCAGUUUUUUAUUCUUGAAGGCUGUUUAACAUUCGCCUCGUGUGAAUAGUGAUUGGGUAAUCAGACACUGCUUUAUAGUACCCUUUUAACUCAGUAAACCGUUUAACUUGUCAGAAAUGGCUUAAAAUUUUCCGCCUGUGUUCCGGGGGUUCGGCCAGCAGACACAACAUGGUGCUGCGAGCAGAUCACGACUCACAUGUCUCCUGAGCCGCCCCUUUUCUCCAUCUACCGACUUUUUUCCUCGUUGAAAAAAUGAGACUUUUUGGUUGUCUGUUACGCAGAUCCGCAGUCUUUAAUGCUUAAAUGGGCCGUAUAUUCAAGAGAAAGGCUAAUUAUCCUAAUUAUCUGACGGUGUAUCACAGUAAUGUCACGACUAUAGAGGUGUGAUAGCAACAGUGAGUUUUAGCGAACUCAUAGCGACGUUCAGACGUCGACUUUGCUUUGUACCGCGUUAAAGUGUACUUAUGUUGUUAGAUAGGAAGUUAUACUGUGACAAGCAUCUCUCACACGCUUCCUGUAGCCAUCCGUCGUCAGAGAGAGUGAUGUCGCACCAAGUAAAAUGGAGCAACAGGUUUGUCUGUGCCUCAGAGUCGUAGAAACCAUCACUCUCUCAGCACACGCUAUGUAACAAAUCCUCAUUUAUAAAACAGGGCGGUGUUUUUGCGGAACUCUUUCUGCUGUUUUCAGUAUGAGACAUACGGAAACUGUAGCGUCUCCGUUCCAGGGUUUUCUACACUCGUGUUGGCGUUGAAAACAGGCUUUAUGUGUCAGUAAAAGUACCGCAUAGCUGGUGAAAGCGUGGACUAAGCUUCAAUAAAAACGUCAGAAAAGUGGAGAGACAUCAGUGAGGUGUGAAUGUGUGACGGCCUCUUCACAACAUGCUGCAGCAGUCUGGUGGGGGAGGUGCUCUCUCUCUCGCUCUCUGUCUUCAUUCAAACUCUGCCUUUCACCAGCAGCAGGCCAGUUUCUGUGCUAUUUACAUUUCUGGGCAACAGUUGUCAGGAUCUGGCAUUUCUCUGGCCACAGAGACAGGGCAGAGUUUUUAAAUCACCCUCUGUACUCUCACAAAAUUUAUGCCCACUCUUUCUAAGAAAUUGGUUGUAAUUAGCCAUGUAGUUGCCCUUCUUAAGAUGUCCUUUCAUGCAGGCUCUGUCAGGCUUUUCAACAGCUAAGAAAUGUUAACACUUGUGUGAAAAGUCCCAGGGCCACAAAAGGUGGGCACAGUGUGGGUUCUCACUAUCCGACAGGCCUACAAACAAGAGAAAAAAUGCAACAUUUUCUUAACAUUUCACCUACCAGCACAAAUGCAAGAUGCGUUCCAUUUCGAGUGGCUUCUUCAACACAAAUCACAGAAAGAUUGUAAUCCUACACGACUCAUCAGCCUGAGUGUCCAUCUUCAGUUUCCCCCUCAACAGGUGCAUCCCACAGAUGAGACAUAUUUGCAUAGUGGCUCAUUAUGAAAUAGCUGCUUGGUAACAAGGUUGUUUAUAGUCUGACUACCACAGUAAGUCAGGUGUUUUAUUCAUGUUUGUAACUUCUUACUGAGAAAACAAACAUCACAUCUUGACCGUAAUUUUGCUCAUAUUAUGCUGCUGUAGUACUUCAUGUUUCACAGGGGAAACUAAAAUGUAUGUAUCAGCCUUGGGCAGUUGUUGCUCUGGACUGCAUGGGGAUGAAAAUUCUGCUCAGUGUGUUUAAAAUGCUAAAGCUCCCAUUAUCACAGUAACACAAGGCACAGGGAUGGGCAGGCCCAGCGAGCUGAGUCUCCUGCAGACUUCUCAGUCUGUAGUCUGUUGCAAGAGAUAAGGCAGUGGGGUUGAGCCUGUUAACCAACCAGCCUAACUGGUUUCACCGAGGCUGAUUUGGACAUGCAACUGGCAGUGUGGAGACAUUUUGGGAAGGUGCCACAACAACAGCAAACACACCAGGAAUGAGUGCACUGAUGAUGAUGAUAACAGCCCUCUGUGUGUGUGUGUGUGUUGGUUUUCAGGAACCUAAAAUUCAGAAACAGUGUAAUGCAAAGGGAUGGCUGUUAGUGUUUGUCUCAUAUCAAAACUGAAUUAAGAUAUUUAAGGAUUUUUGGUCCAGGCGACGUUCUUACUGCGCUUUAUAUAUCAGUAUGAAGGAGGAUGAGAAUGACAAGUUAAUAGUUUAGGGAUCAUAUCAGCUAAAGUUACUCAUUUUGUCUCUGGAGAAUAACCUCAAUAAAUAGAGUUUUUAAUCUGACAGUGGAAGGAUGAAUUAAUUGAUGUGAGAGUCAGACAGGAAUUGAGAGUCUUCAUCACUUGCUUUACUCGCCUAAAGGAAGGAAAACAAGUCAUGCAAAUGUGUAGUUUCCACCAGCAUGAACAAAGGCAAAGAGGGACCGAGUGAAACCUUUUUGUUGGGCUGAGAAAGAGGACAGUGUUUUCAUGAAGAACCUGUUGAGAAGUGACCCAUUGGCGGGGGAGGGGUCUGCGCAAUAGGAAACUGCCAGGCUGACAGGAACCACCAGUGACUCAGGACUCAUGAACUGUAACUGUGCCCCCCUGUUGUUGCAUAAUUGGAGUAAAUUCAAAAUUAGUUGGAACACAAAAACCUCAUGAUUGUUUAAUAAUGAGAAAUCAAAAGGAUCAUGGUGGGGAAGGAGUUUGUGGAGGGUCUAACCAAUGCAGUUCAAAAUGUUUACCCUGGUCCCCUGAUGUUUUUCUAUCCAAAUGUUCUUAAAUGUGAACAGUAGAUAACAGGACAACCAACCCUAAGCUCGAAUCACCGAUUGUAGAAAUAUCUUAGAGAUUUCAUUGAUUAUAGAAGACUAAUCUGAUCUGUUUCUAUGUUUGGUCACUGAGUCAGCAUAUUUUUCUGUUCUUACAGUGAAAACAAGGGAUUAAGUUUGAGGUCUCGGUUAAUUGAUUGACAAAGGAAUGCUGUUUUUUUUUUUUUUGUCUAACAAAGUCUAAAAGAAUGACCCUAGGAUAGUAUAUUCACAAGAUAAAAAGCCGAGUGUUUUAGGAGCUUAACCAGGAAAAUGUUUCAAACUUUAGCUUCAUAGAUGAAUGAAACCAACAAGUAUUAAACGACUGGAUGGUGAUUUACUUGGUCUACAUGUUUCAUGUCACAGUUUGAACCGUUUAAAUGAUUUAUGACCUUAAUGUGCCUUUUCUCUCCCUACAGUUAAAAUCCUCUUGUUCUACGUCAUAUUCUAUGGCUGCUUGGCUGGAAUUUUCGUCGGGACCAUUCAGGCACUGUUGCUCACUUUAAGCAACUACAAGCCCACCUAUCAGGACAGAGUUGCCCCUCCAGGUAAAUAAAUUCCUCCUCUACCUCUAUGGCUUUUUGGUUUGGCUGUGCAUGCGGAAAUCCGGCUGGAAUUUGAGGUUUGAUCAGCUCCAAAGUUCACGCAGCAUUACUGUAACAUGCAGCACUGGCUCAGUGUCCCUCUCUGACAAUGUGUCUGUGGUUCAUGUAUGUGAAACCAGCUGUCUGGGUGUGCCUUUAAGCUGCUUCUCUCUCUAUCAGAAGUCUUUGUGACCUUAGAUAGGUUCAGCCAUUUUGUCCUUCACUCCUCUCAGCCAGUCAAUGUUUCCCCCCUCAGGCUACAGGGGAGCCGUUGUCGCUUACGCUGUGAUUGAAACAGGCACAGUGGAUGUGUCACGGCUGACAUGUUUACAUACACAUGAAUAUAUGAAUGCGUGGCAGCCACAGUUUGUAAGAAAAGAGAGAUUUGUCUCAGCUCAGAGGCCUCUAAGCUUGUUCUUGUGGGAAAAAAAUUCUAAUCUGUAAUCUUGUGAAAACAUCAAACAGUGCCACAGUCACACUGCCUGGGUUUCGAAAUUCUCUGCAAAGCUUUGAGACGGUGCAGAUUUUAAGUGCCUGGCCUUGUCUUGUUGUGCCAGCACUUGUUUGCACAGCACAUGCUCUCUAGCUUUGGCGGUAUUUUUAGCGGCCAUUGUAAACGGCCAGCUUCUUGUACACAGAUUCCAUUUAGCAGUCUGUUUGUCUGUCAGACUUCCACAACUGUGUACAAUCAAAGAGUGAGUCCUUGCAAGAGGAAGAAGUAUGCAGCGCUUUGAGCUGAAGUGAGUUUCCAGUAGUGGCUAGAUAAAGGAAGCAGGGAGUAGUUACAUGUUUUCUUUUUUUCAGAGCUGGAGCCCGCCUCUCACUCUGAGGCUAAAAGUUUCCAUUGUGAGAGAGACACACGUGAGAGUGCAUGGGUGGGGGCUGGGGAUUGGUUAACUUUCACAGGCCACCACUGAAAUUCAAAUGACUGCAUGCUAGUUCUGUGUCCCUGUGCCACAAAUGCCUUGAGUGUUGCUCAUGAGUACAACAAGGAUUAAACUGAUUCAGCCGUAAGGCCGCGAAAAGGUUCAUAAAAUGUCAUGAUUCCUUUUCUCUCCUCUUACCCAUCUCACUCUCUUCAUGCCACGCCUCACUGAGGCCUUGUGCACAAGGUCUGUGGAAAAUUACUGCUAUAAAGAGCUGACAGAGACCAUCAGAGGAAAUCCCCAAGACCCUACAUUGUGUGUUGCCCUCAGCUAACAGAACAGAGAACAGAUCACAUGAUGUACAGGGCUUCUUCUUUCAGGCAUUCCUCUUCACAUUUACAUGGAGGAUUUAUUUUUCUCCUUGCAAAGUUCUUGCGCUCAAACAAAGCCUCUGUUUGAAUCAAAGGUUUUCACUUUUAUGUAGUUUUCUUUACAAAACUUGUGUUUGUCUUUCAGGUCUAUCACACACUCCUCGCUCAGACAAGUCUGAAAUAUCUUUCAGUAAGUCUGAUAGUAAGUCCUAUAAGAAGUAUGUGGAUAGCCUGGAUGCCUUCCUUAAGCCAUAUGAUGAUGACCGUCAGACUGAUCAGGCUAAAUUUGAAAGCUGUGGAGGUGAGUAUAAGGCAGUCAUGCUCACCCAUGCUCCCUGGCUGAUCCCUUAUCUGUAUUUAACUACAACCAUUCAACAAUUGUCUCAGAGAAAUUGAAAAUUAAAUCAUUGUAACCUUAAAGUCACAGUGAUCUCCUAAUUUCAUGUAAAUGUCACAACUAUAUACUAUAGUGGUUCAAUGCUAUUGUAGUUAGUCAUAUAUGAAGGUCUAUCGUGUCCUUUUUCCACUGUUUGCAGAAACUCCUCAGACAUACAAGGAUCGUGGACCUCUUGAAAGUGACCAAGGACAGAAGAAAGUGUGCCGUUUCAGCCGCUCUCUGCUGGGCAGCUGCUCAGGGGUCCCUGAUGAGACAUACGGAUUCAAGGAGGGGAAGCCUUGCAUCAUCGUAAAGCUCAACAGGAUCGUCAACUACAGACCAAGAGUAGGUUUACUUCACAUUUACAACACAACGGCUCGUUAUUGCAGUGCUCACACUGAUAAAGGCACGCUUAUCAAACUAUAAAACAUAGUUAAUAAAUCAGGUAAGUUCAAAGCUUUGAGAAAAAAGCUUUCGGCGGUGAUAGAUGAUCAUAAACUGAAAGGGUCAACUUAAAAACAGUGUUAUUAAGCACUUUUGUAUCAGGCCUCCCUGAAGACAAAGUCUAAUUUUAUGUUCCUCUCUGAUCUAAUCAUAAAUCAAUGGGGAUCAUGAAAGGAGCAACCCUUUUGUUUGAUUGAUGGGGUUAUAUGGAUGGAUUGAUGGAUAUACUGCCUCAUAAAAACAAAAAUAACACUGGCAACUCAAACCAGCUUGAUCCAGUAAAAAAAAAAAAAAAAACAGCUCACAUAUCUCUGACUGAGACCUGCACUGCUAAGUCAGUUAAAAAAAAGUUACUGGCCAACUUGUUCGACAAAUUAUUCAUAAUCCGAAUCAUAUUUCCAAGCAUAAAUAUCAAACAUUUGCUGCUUCAAGCAUCCCAGAUUGAAAGAUUUGCCAAUUUCUCUGUUAAUCAUGAUUAAAAUGAAAAAGUCCCUUUUUAUGACUAAUCUGUAAAAUUGAAAUCUGGAAUAGUCACUUCAGGUGCUGCUGCUUCUGUUAAGAAGGUCAACAAGAAAAGACCACUGAGUAAUCUAAACCACAAAUAACAAUGUUCAGUGUUAUUUGAUUUACAAGAGUUAAACAGACUCAUAUUUGGGGCUUUGAUAUCUAUUUACGAUGAAAAGAAUAGUUUUCAUGGAAGCACUAUUAACCAUCAGAACCGAGGGACUCUGAUUUAAUCUCUGUGAAUGAAUCCUUUUUAACUUAUUACUGGAUCAAUACUUAGAGACAGCUCUUGCAGACUUAAUGUUGUUGUUAGCCUGGUGAUUAGUGAGAUAAUGUAUGGUUAGCCCAUGGUCAUGUGAAAUAGGAGCCUUCAGGGUGAGAGAGGACCCGUCUGUUUCAUGUCGGGAUCUUGUCUCAUCCCAUCAGUGUAAUUUUUCACAUAACCUCUGGCUAAAUGUACAUUAUGUCUUACUUUGACAUCUUGAUGGCAGGAAAAACCGGAUGAAUUCAGAUGAAUUGAGAUAUGAAACCAUCAGAAUGAGGCCUAAGAGGUCAUUGGAGGAAACGUAUUUUCAAAUCAUGUUGCUAAUGAGCAGGAUCUAGAUCAUGUAACUUUUAGUAGGACCUCUCAUAUUAAUAAUGAAACUUGUGUUUACAGUGCUACUGAAUCUGUAAACACAUGUCAGUUUGGUCAGUGACGGUCGUUCAGUGAGGUUGAAACAGAAACAAAUCUCAUGUGUCACAGAAGAGCUAACCCAGGGUUCCAACAUUUCCUUAAAAUCUUUUCUAUUUUUAAAGCUUUUGGUCUCCAAAUGUCUUAUUCUUACUUUAGAGGUCUGAAAUUGUAGACGGCACUUUGACUGAGACAUGAAUACUUUUUCAAAUCUGGUAUGUCGUCAUUGGAUACCUUUUGUUAAUCUUUGGGGUCAGCCUCACCGCGUUUAAGCACAGUAUGUUCACUCUCACACACUGGUAGGAAAAGAGAGUACCAGAGAAACAGUUAAGGAUAUCUGGAUACAAAGCAAAGAAAGGGGUUUGUUUGGUUCAUUGAAGAUAAAAAGAGAGACCAUGAGCAACUAUCCAGAUUAGUAAAAUGCAACAAAGGUCUUUAAACUUGGUUCACAUAGUCGAUUGUGUUUCAUCAGUGUUGAUAGAAAAAACUGUAUUUAUCUUCCUUUGUUUGAGUCUAAAAGAGGCUAAGAUAGUCUUAAAUUUGGAGGCUCUGGUUUGGCCUCGUAGUAAAGCUGUGUGUACUUUUGGGAAUUUGAUUCUCAAAAGCGAGGCCUCAAAUCUUCACAUUGUAACCUAACUGUUGUAGCUUACUCUAUAGGGACUUGGCUUGGGAACUGAAGGGUCACCAGUUUUAGUCCUUGUAUGUCCCAAAAGCAUGGAAGUUGGGACUGGUUGCUGGAGAGGUGCCAGUUUACUAACAAGGCCCCCCCGGGCAAGGCAUUAAAGCUGAAGUGCUCAUGGCUUUUGCUGAAUUUUAUCCAUAGCUGCUCAUUUUAAGGUUCUCAAAAUUUUAGAUCCUUCGAGACUCUCAAUACCAAAAUCUUUGGAACAAUACAAGACCACAAAAAAUACUACGUUUAAAAGUAAAGCCCUUUUAAAAAAAAGAGAUCCACACACGACACAGCUGUUUCUAAGGGCAGAGAGCAGGAGAGAGAUAACCUGAAACAACCCAGCAAGAUGAAAAGUUAUCUUCUGACUGUUUCAAAGUGAUAACACUCUGUCUUGAGGACUCAGAAAUGUCGCCACCUCUCCCAACAAACAUGCAGAAAGACCCUAGAUUUGGAUAGUCACCCUAUGACACAUUAUUAGUCCAUUAUUGUUGUAUUGUAACAUUAUUUUUAGAAAAAAAUCUAAUUCUGUUUUGCCAUUCAGUACCGUUAUAUUACAGUUUGACAGUGUGUCAAGUGUUGGUCUGUGUUUAGUGACUUUUAUUGUGCCAGGACAGUGGGCAGGUUGGAAAUCAGAAAAAAAAAUACAUAAUGAAAUGCUUUGGAUACCCAGGAAUUUUGCCAUGGUGCCAAAUCAGGUAUUAAUCUAGACUGAUUUGUGCUGGUAUUGUAUCAAUGUCCAAAAUUCUAGUAUCAGGACAACCCUGUUGCAACCCUAGACACUGAUACCAUCACAGAGGCAUUUAGACAAACUCUAAAAUGAGUAAAGCAAAUACGUUCAUUAAUGUGUCUCUCCCUCUUCUCAGGCUCCUUCCAACAAUCAGUCCCUUCCAGAUGCCCUGCAGGGAAAAACAUCGCCCAACCUGAUCCCCAUUCACUGCAAAAAUAAGGUAAGCUUAUUUCACACCAUAACACAAACUUAACACCAUUACAGCAGCAGAUUUUGUUUGAAAGUUGGAUUGUAAUUUUUUCCACCUGCUGUCUUUGUAGAGAGACGAAGACUUCGACAAGAUUGGUGAGAUCAAAUACUUCGGCUUGGGCGGAGGCUUCCCUCUCCAGUACUACCCUUACUACGGCAAACUGCUGCAGCCGCAGUACCUGCAGCCUCUGGUGGCCAUCCAGUUCGUCAAUCUGACCGUUGAUGAGGAGCUCCGCAUUGAGUGCAAAGCUUACGGAGCUAACAUCCAGUACAGCGAGAAAGACCGCUACCAAGGACGCUUUGACGUUAAGUUCACUAUCAACUCGUGACCUCAGCCGUGACGCGCACUACUCUUCAUUUUGACACCAAUCAAAUGUAGAGAGAAAUAAAAGAGUUCAGAUAAACACCACUAGUCUUUGAACAUUCAUAAUAUACAGGACCUACACUUAAUCUGUGUGCUUUACACUAGCUUUUUCUGUGUGUUUGUCGAGGGUUAGAAUGUAAAAUACAAGAGUAGCAAUAGCAAAUAUUUAUUCUACUGUACAUGAAAAUAUUCCUUGAGCCAUGGGAUGUGUUCAUCUAUUACUGUAAAACUGCAAUUCCACUACUGACUUGUAGCGAGCUGUGUUUCUGUCCCCUAAAGAUUUCAUCCUAAUGUGGUCUCUAUAUAUUUUUGGAGUGUCCAGUGCUGUAGUUGAGUCCUGUUGUAACCUCUCCUGUCUUAUGUCAGCUUUAGUGGUCCAAGGUGUGUGUGCUCCGUGUCUGUGUGCAGGUGUGUGUUUGUUUAUGUGAGCGGGUGGAGUGUGUGUUAAUGUGCUACGACUAACUGAAAUACUAGCAUGGUACUCUGAACCUUUAAGGCCCAUGUUUGAGUAAAUUACUGCGCUCCAUGGAAUCUCUUUUUUUUUUUUUCUUGUGCGUUUCUUUACCCAAGUUGUUGGAAGGAUACAUUCGUUUGCCUUUUCUUUGUUGUUCACCUUAGCUGUAGAUUUGGUUUAAUGACAUUUCUGUUUGAUACAUCUUCUGUUCAUUCUUAAUUCAUAGUGUAGAGCUUUGUGGGUCCAGCCUAGAGGACUGUCACCUCCAAGGAAACAGUGGCAACUCAGUGCUUUGAAAUCUGUUUUUGCUGGAGACAUCACAUGACGUGAUGCUACUUACUAUUGAAUGUUUUAGCCAUUUUCAUGGUGGAAGAAUUUUAUAUUUAUGCAGUUGUACAUUUUUUUUUCAAGGUUUAAUGUUAUGAAUCCAAUACCAAAGUCGCUGGUCUAAAAGAGUAAGAGAAUAUCAGACGCAAUGCAGUAUCCCGUGUAAUAAGAUGUUUAGUUGGUGUGAAAAAUACUUAAUUCAAUGUUGAAGAUCAAAACACCUGUCAGGAGUCUGCUCUUGUCACUUUAUUUAAUCUACAUAAGGCUGAAACAAUAAACGGAAAAAUGAGACAACUGUGAAGUCUUUGUGUGUGCAGUAACAUGUUUUCUGUCUCUGUCUCCAUUCACCCGUCCAGAAUCUUGAAGAAAUACUGCACCUGUGGAAGAAAAAACAACACUUUCAUUCAAAUCACAGUAAAAACGCCAAAACCAAAUCAAUUCCAAGAGUUGAGGAGCUGUGUAAACUUUUUUUGUUUUUUACAAAAAAUAAAAAUAAACAACAAAUCAAAUAUUGAAGCUGAGCAACUUGGUGAAAAUACCAUGUUAUUUUGAAUGUGAUGAUUUUAGAGUUGUUAGAGGGACAUGUUUACAAUUGUGUUGCGUCACCUCUUCGUUUAACAACACUCUGUAAACAGUAGUGAACCGAGGAGACCAGUGGCUGGAUUUUUCUAAGUUAAAUAUUGUCCCAUUCUUGCCCAAUGUAGGAUUUAAGCUGCCCAACAGUUCAGGGUCUCCUUUGUUGGUUUUUGGUAUAUGAAGUGCCAAAUGUUUUUAAUCAGUGACAAGUCAGGACUGCAGGCAGGCUAGCUAAGCACCUGGACUCUAAUACUACAGAGUCAUGCUGUUGUAGUUAGAAGAAUGCGGGAGAAUAUGGUUUGACAUUUCCUGCCCCAUUGAUAAAGUCACGGUUGGGAUGGCAGCAUGUUACUCUAGUACCUGUAUUUGUAUCUGUUCAUAUUGUUCUGCGUUGCUUAAGCUGCCCAUGUCGUAGACAUUUCUGCAUCCCCAUACCACAAGGGUUGUGAGCUCUUGAACUGUACACUAACUACUAGUAGGGUGGUCUUACUUAGAGCUGAGGGUGCAGCGUCCAUGAAUUUCAAAAAGAAAUGUCAAAUUUUGAUUUAUUAUCCAAUUCUCCUGACCUAGAGUAGACUCUGGUGUCUCUUGAUCAUGUUUAUACAUGGUUUCCACUCCACAUGGUACAAUUGUAACCUGCAUUUGUUCAUGUGGUGACGUGUUGUGUGUUCACAGAUGAUGAUUUCUGGAUGUGAUUUUGAGUCAUGUCUGUUUUUAAUGCAGGGCCACCUGAGGGCAUGAAGAUCGUGGCCUCGUUUAUCUUGUACAGAGAUUUCUCCUGAUUCUUGGUACUUUUGGAUAAUAUUAUGUAAUGCAGAUGAUGAAAUCCUCAAAUUUUAGACUGAAAACAUCAUUCUGGACUUCACUUGCUUGCUCUGUCCUACACAAAGUGGUGAUGUCUUGACAUCUUUACAAAUGAGAGAUUUGUCCUCUCUGUAAUGGUCUUUAAAUGACUAGUUGCCCAGUCAUGUUACUAACCUGUUGAAAAUUAACCUGAUUAGUUGAGAGAUGUUCCUCUGGGUGGUUUGAAGUGUUACAUAACUCGUCUAGUAUUUCAUUAUCCUUGCACCAGCUGUUUGGAAACAUGCUGAUGGCAUCAAUUUUAAAACAAAUAUAAAGAUUUAAAUAAUCUACAAUUCAUGGAAAUACCUUUUAGACUUUCAACACAUUAUGUUAUCUUUCCUCUUUCAUUUCUAAUCAUCCAAGUCACACUUUCAGCAGUUUGCUCAGUGUCUAACCUCUUCUGGGGUUGUGGUUUUAUCUACUAGUCCUCUAUGAUAUCAGAAAAAGGGUAUUACUUAAGUCCACAGUGUAAACUCUCCUCUGCACAAGCCCUUUAUUAGCCACUGUGUCCCAGUCUUGGGAAAAUGGCAGCUCAGUCAGUCACAGGCUAAUGUUUAACAAGGAGCCAUUUGUCCAGCCAACAGAUCAGGAGUUUUCUUGAACAAUGACGCUCGAUGGGUCAGACCCACUCCCAGUAAAACAAUGGUUUUGUUUCAAAUUCCUCUGCCCUUCUUGUUCUCCUGAAAACCCAGUGUGAGCUAAGGUUUGCCCCGGCCCACGGAGCAGAGUCAUGAGACUCGACUAAAGCCCUGGCUUCACAGAGUCGGGGGUUUUGUUCUUGGCUGACUGUGAGGUGGUUAUUUAUGCAUGGAGAGGAAGACAAUGAGGAAACCUAUUUGCAGGAUCAGAGGAGUCACACGGGUGAAUUAAUGUGGGCGUGUUGUACUGAACAUGGAGGGAACAGUGUGUGAGUGACGGACAGCACCCACCUCCAGAACACCGUCUUCAGGGAGGUCAGUACAGUGGACGGCGUUCUUCACUUUAUCUUUGCCAUAAAGCGCUCGCAGCGUGUUUGGACGGAGAUGCCGGGAAAUCUCCUGUUGAUUAAAAACAUAAGGCUCAAUGAAACCGUAUCGUAAAAAACAACAUGAAACACCCUCUGUCUCAAAUUCUGAGUCCUGUGAGAAACUGAACAUCCUGUUCUGCUGUGUGUCACUGAUGCAAAGUGAUGACACAGCAUUUGGACAUGUGACUCUAAGGGAAGUGACUGACGUCCAACAACCCCUCUGAGUCACUGAAGAAUAAGAUACUCUAUCAGAUCAUGUUGCAGAAUUGAAGUAUGAAAUUACGCCACUGCCAUGGUAAACCUUUUAUAGACACUGGUUUUGAAGUAUUAAGAAAUCCUAUUCUUCCUCAUGUUUUACAUCAUUUACUCCAUGUUUCGGUCAGAGAAGUUCAGCUCUGAAGCCAAAGAAUCCCAUUUUUAAAGCCCUGUGAGGCGUCGCUGACUGGUUGUGAAACACUAAUACUGAUCCUGAUACCUUUUAAGACCUAAAAAAGCAAACAAGACGAUCAGCAACAUUUAAAGUCCCCAUACUCUUAUUUUUAAUGCCUUAAACUGUUGGAAGGGGGAAGAUGUCGGACCAGACGACUGACGGCACGCUGAGGAAAACAGUUCGUUUCACACAGAGUGACACAUUUGACUAGAAAAAGAGCACAGGAUACCACCAGUACCACCAUGGCACAUACAAGACAAAUAAACAAAGAGACAAAAUGUAUAUCUUUGACCACAGUGGGGCGCCAAAAUCAACUCAAACCUAGAACUCCUUAUAGCAGCUUUAGUUAACACUUGACAUCCCUCUGAAACCUUUAGGAAAUUUUCUAGCUGAAAAAGUAAAGUCUUUAAGUCUUUGCAAAUUUUGCAUUAAAUAAAAUAUAAAAGUUUGUUCAGAGCUGAAAAAUUGCAUCACCCUGUUUGCAGUAUCUGAAUAUGUUGCAUUUCAGCGCCUUAUCACCUUUGUAUUGCACAAUGCAUGUUAUUGCCAAAUUCUUUCUAUAGCACAGCCCUAACAGGCUGCACACCGAUACCUUUUUCUAAAUUACUUUAUGAACACAAACACAAGAGCUCCCUCCUGUCUACACCUUAGAGACACUUUAAAAUGUUUUGAACAGAUUUGAAAUAGUGUCACUCUUAUUCAGACCUACAUGAUAAAAAGAGAUUAUCAGAGACAAGAUUGAUCAGUUCUUCAUACUGAGUUUUAGUGCAUGUGUUCAGGUUGGAUCUCUCCACAAAUGAGCAUUCGUCCCGUUUAGAGCUCUGUGGGUAUAAAGUUUGACAGUGAGAAGAAAGACAUCAACGGAAGGGAACUAGUCCUCAUCAACAAAUGACUCAGAGAAACUAACUUCUCCUUUUCAUGCUCUUCUUUCCAGGCAGUACUUUAAUCAUGAGAGAGUCUGCCUUUUUUUUUUUUUUAAACAUCAGACACUCCCAAGGUCACAGCCG